AUGACACCCAUCACCGAAAUCCAAGGUGAUCUCUUCGACGCACCGGAGGGUGUUUCUUUGAUUCACGCAUGCAAUUGUCAGGGGUCAUGGGGCAGAGGGGUUGCCCAGGGUUUUAGGGAGAAGUACCCAGCAGCUUACCGCAUCUUCCGCGCCCACUGUCAACAAUACUUGGCCAAUCCACAAGUACAAACACGGCCCAUUCCCGGCACAGGACCAAACGCCGAUCGCCAACAACCUCGCACUGUUAAAUUACCUGAAGGCACAGCCCUGGUAAUCCCACCACAGCCGGCAGACUACCAGCCGCGCCCGCAGCCGCAGUCUCACCUGCAAUCGCAUUUCCAACUUGGCCCCAGCAGCGUUAGUCGUGGGCGCGGAGGUGAGCGAGGACGGCGACGCGGGAGACUAAAUAGUUCCAGAGGUCCAAGACCACCUCCAACUGGGAAAAAGCAUUGGAUCAUAUGCCUCUUUACGUCGUGGCACUAUGGCCCGCAGAACAGGAGUCCACCAGAUGUCAUUUUGGCCAAUACAGCGCUUGCUGUUGCUGAUCUGAAAAGACAGCUUGCUGCUUCUUCCACUACGGUUGCGGAGAUGACAGGAGAGGGGCAACCUGGGCAGCUAUGGGGAUGUAGAUUUAAUGCGGGGCUUUUCGGUGUGCCGUGGGAGCGGACAAAAAGGAUGCUGGAGAAGGCGGGGUUGAGAAUGACGAUUGUCAGCCCACCAGGACAAUAG